UCUGAGUAAAGGGUGAAGAGUUCUCGGAGCUAAGGGCACUUCCCAAUUUUAUCUUUAUAGGGUAGCUUCUAGGAGUUGCCAUGACAUUUGUAAACUGUCAUGGCGCUGGUGGGCGUGAUUUUUACCAUGCUAAUAUAUAUUAAUGAGGGAAAGUCACGAGCUCCUAGUUUCUGCACAGGCUCCUGGCCAGGAAAAGUCCCUGACCUCAAGUUCCUGCUGUUGCAGGUUUGGUUCUAAACGCUCAUUGGCCUCCUCGCAUUCACCCCCGCCCCAUUGUCUUUUCCUGUGGUUAGUGCUGCCAACCUGCUUCUGUCCCUACCACCACGAGAGGCAGCAGCCAGGGCCUCGCUGGGACUGGCCUCGUUCCUCCCCUCUGAGUGUCUCCUCUGGAGCAGAAGCCACGGCGGAACCGGGCAGACUGCCCAGUGCUGCCCAGGCCCAGGCCCGCGGUGUCCGGGGUGAGGCAGUGGCAGCAUAGACCUAGGCCCACUGUCCCAACAGGACCCUGCUUGCAGCCAGCCAGCAGCACGCCCAGAGCUCUGCCAAAGGACUCGCUGGUAAAUUUUCCUUCUCAUUUUUGGCACACACAAUGGAGCAGCCCUCCCUCAGCCUGUCCCUGUUCUUUCGUUCCAUUUGGUCCCUAAAUGUUCUUGUAGAACAAAUGCAGUGUAAUGGGGUCAGACAGACCCUCCAGUCAGCUUUGGGAAAGAGGAGGCCGUGCCCCUGCGGAGUCCCCUCAGAAGUUGAUCAGGACUGUGUAGUCUCCAGGUCCCUCCCCAGGCCCACCACUCCCUUCACUGGGGGACACUAUGUGACACUGCUGGCUGGGGCUUCCGGGCCAUUUUGGAUCGUGGCCCCAGUGCCUUGUGCCUCACAGAGCCCGCAGGACCGUGUUGCUCAUCACUUCUGGAUGUAAACAGCUGUUUUAUUCCACAUUACAAAAUAGACAUGCAGAUUGCUGUUUCAGAGGCCAACUUGACAAAGCCCUUCUGAUUAAAAAGUGGAAAGAUUCUUUAAAAGAAUAAUAGUAUAAUGAAAUGGCCACUUUUAUAUACAACUAGAGGGACUAGAACUAGCAAGUUUUCUCUAGGUCAUUUUGGCAAUAUGCAGUUAGAGCACUAAAAAGAUAUUUCUACCCUUGACCCAAUGAUUGUAUUUUAGGUACCUUGCCUAAGGAAAAAUCAGAUUCCAAACAAGGCCCAUAUAAGCAUCUUCAUUAACUGUCACUUAUAAUGGUGAAAAUGGAAAUGAUUAAUAAUAGUGUAAUGGAUAAUUCUAUGACAGGAAUUAUUGUGCAGUCACUGAUUUUGAAGAAUAUUUAACAGCUUUGAAAAAUGUCCACGAUAUCCAGUGGGAAAAGGUAUUACAUUCAACAGUAUGAUUAUGUAAAAGCACAUCAGCACAGGAAAAAAAAAUAGUUAAGAUAUAAUUAAAUAAUAGUGGUUCUAUCUGUGGGGUGAGAUAAAAGGUUAUUUUUUAUCUUUUAAAAAUAUUUUCUAAGUUUUCCAUAAUUAACAUAUAUCACUGUUGUCAAGAAAAAUUGUAGACUUUUAAAAGUAAUGAGUACCACGUACAAUGUGAUUUUGUUGCCUGGUGACAUCUUGUCUUGACCCAGCAGUGAGUUCCCAAAGCACAGCAGAUAAAAUUCCACGGUGGGUGUGGUAGCAGACCUCCGCCCAGGCUCACAUGACAGUGAGCUGCACAGCUCUGAAAACACACCAGUGCCCAGCUCCAAGCACAGUUGUGUUUUGAUUGAUUUAUGGCCCAGCAAUGGAUAGUCUUUAUAGCAACCAUGGUGGCUGUCAUGGCAACCGUGGUGAAACCCAGCACCUUCCUCCACCUUCAGGUCCCCAACAAGAGUGAGCCUUGUCCUUCACCUCAGUCAGAAUCCACGAUGGAUAAGGAUCUAGGAAACUCCCUCACAAAUGUUCUCAGUGGAUUGCUUUUGUUGUACUUGGGCUGCAGCAAAGCCUUUGACCAAAGGGCACUUCAGUUAAGGCAGUUCAGACCUUCAGAGCUGCCUGGGAGCGACUUUCCUCCUGACCUGAAACCAGAGAGGCAGCUGAUGAUGCAGCAAGUGGGUCCUGGCUGUCCCACUGCAAAGGGAAGGAGAGAUGGCCAUCUCAAGGCCACAGUGGCGCCACGACCUGCCGUUCCUGAGCAUCCUGAUCCUCGCAGUCGUGGUCCUCUCCCUGCUCUUCUACGCUCUGCUCUGGAAAGCUGGCAACCUCACUGACCUGCCCAACCUGAGAAUCGGCUUCUACAACUUCUGCCUGUGGAACGAGGACACCAGCUCCCUACAGUGUCUCCAGUUCCCUGAGCUGGAGGCCCUGGGAAUGCCCCGGGUUGGCCUGGCCCUGGCCAGGCUUGGUGUGUACGGGGCCCUGGUCCUCACCUUCUUUGUCCCCCUGCCUCUCCUCCUGGCCUGGUGCAACGGUGAUGAAGGAGAGUGGCAGCUGGCAGUGGGCUUCCUGGCAGUGGCCUCCGCGCUGCUGGCCAGUGGCCUUGGCCUCUUCCUCUCCUAUGUGUGGAAGUGGCUCAGUCUCUCUCUCCUGGGGCCUGGGUUUCUAGCUCUGGGCAGUGCCCAGGCCUUGCUUAUCCUCUUGCUAAUGGCCACAGCUGUGUUCCCUCCCAGGGCCAAGAAAGACAAGAGCCAGCUUGAGAGCUGCUAGUCCUGUCUAGAGGCUCAUGAGAUUGCAAUGGUUCAGCUCCAACCACUUGGAGAAGGUGGCGUGUCUGCUCAGCCGUCUCGUUUCAUAGCUAAUGCUGAUCUCAAGCUCCGGCAGAUGGAUCCCACCGCAGAGCAGGUGGGGCCCUGGCAUCAAGGAGGCCAAGAGGCAGUAAGGGUGGCUGGAGCACCUGCAGCUUCUUAUAUAGGACUGUCUGUCCUUCAGGACUUCCAAGAACACUAUAAAACCACGCAGCUCAUUGUCACACGAAUUCCUGCUUUAAUUAACUGAUCUGAGCAACUCCUACUCUAGCCUCAGGAGUGGGGGAAGAGGUAAGGAUUUCUGUCCCAGGCUGAUUAGCCAAAUGCCAAACUGGAGCCCAGAAGUUUUAUGGCAACAAAUGGGGAUAGUAAAAGGAAGAGCACUGUGGUGUCCCUCAGGCCCACGUUACCAAGCUUCUGCUCCCCGAUCUGCAGUGAGUGGGCCGAGAUGAGCCCCCUUCUGGGAUUCUGCUGCCAAAGGCCCAGGAAUGAUCAGAAGGACUCCACAAAGACAGAACACAUGGGCACAAAGAGAAGCCUUGGCGGCUUUGAAGGCUCCCCUGAAAAGGCCCUGGACCUGAAAGAGCAGAGUAGUCACUGGUAUAUCAUUCCUGUGAUGAGACCCAGAAGUACACCAAAUCCUGGACAAGGGAAGGUGACCAGGAUGCCGCAUCCCUUCACUUCUCAACUGGAACUGGGAGGGAUGUAAGCAUGACUUACACAUUGGGGAAUUUUGUGCAUUUUUCAGCACCUGUAUAUUGGAAAACCUGUAUGGCAAAUGACUUACUCUAUGCCUGCCAAAAGCCACAGCGAAUACAGAGAACACGUUUCUACAUGG